UUGUCCCUGUUUCUGCUUCACUUGCCCAGUGAGCUUCGGCGCACACUGGUAGGACUCGGAUAUUCUAUUCUAACACUUCAAUGGAGGAACAGCCCAAAGAACGGGCACAGGAUAGACGAUAUCACCACUAUGGAGAAGAAAGAAAUCAUAUUCAAUACAAGUCAUCUCUAAAAAAUGAUCAGAUCUACUUCCAGUACCAGGAAACGCAGACGAAGAAAACAGGCAAUGGGAAAAUAAACACCAGUGACGUGGAGGGGGAGAAGAUACUGUCUGCAAAUUAUUUUUUUUGUAUCCCUCGUCCCACCAACAGCAAUGGUAACAGACAUUUGAUAAACACUAAUGUAAAACAGAAGUCAACACGAAAGGUUUAUACCACUCUUUCAAAAAUGGACAGCAAAGAAGGUUUUGAUCACAAGAACAAUAUGGACAGCGACAAGGACUUGGAUUUCACUAAUGACUAUGAGGGAAAGCUGUUGGACAAGGAUUCUGCAUUGCUUCUGAAUGGGGUGGUAAACUCUGCUCAUAUUACCAAUGGUUACUCCAGCAAGUCACCCCCUGACAACGAUUGCAGUGGCUCAGAAAGUGGAUAUACUACUCCUAAGAAACGCAAGGCCAGACGCAACAGCAUCAAGAACACAGAGCAUGUGACAAGCGAAAAGGAGAGAGCCAUGCAGCAGGGUAAUGCUACACAGGAGCCAGAAGCUUCUGGACUUGAACCAAUGGAGAAAGCGGUGAACUCGAGACUUGUCCAUAAAGCAGAUGCCCAGACAGCAGUCCGGCAGAUGGGGGCCCCAGAAGUGGCUAUGGGUGAGUUGCAGAGGAAAAACUCAGACAGUAAAACUGCUGCAGUUGCCUUUGGUAAAAAGUUUGAGGAUAGGCCCAAAGCCAAGCUCUCAACCUCUACAAAAGAGGACUCUUGGACUUUAUUUAAGCCCCCUCCUGUAUUUCCUGUGGACAACAGUAGAGCUAAAAUAGUGCCCAAGAUCAGUUAUGCAAGUAAAGUUAAGGAGAACCUCAACAAAGCAGCCCAAGCUGGAGGAGAGAUGCAUCCUCCUCAGGUGCCUGAUAGAUUAUCACAGGUCCCCAUGUCUGCUAUGAAAACCAUCACCUCAGCUAGCAUUACUAAUGGUCCUGUUUCUGUUUCUGGAGAUGGAAAUGGUUAUCCCUCUGUUGGUACCUUCUUCACUCCUGCUGCUAGUAGUAUUCCACCAGCCCCCUCUCUCCCAUGCGGGGAGAACGUAGCAUCCUUUUUGGACAAUGACUGUAGUUCUUCAACCAACCUUACAGCAGAUCUGAGAAAGUGUACUCUUUUCAUUUACCCCCUAAACCCUUUAAAUAUGCAACCUGUGCUCCCGAGUGCUCGCCAAGUGGACACCCCAGCUGCUCAGACAAAUCAGAAAGCCUUGGGGGACAUCUUCCAGAAUCAGUGGGGGCUGUCCUUCAUCAAUGAGCCAAAUGUGGGGCCAGAAGGUGGAAGCGGGCCGGUAGCUGCUGUGGAGGGAAAGGCUACGGUGGUCACAUUUCAAGGGGAGCCAUGCCCUGCUGUUGCAGCUGAGCCAGGCCUUGACGCUAGCCUAUCAAUCCCAGAGCCUUUCCUUCUCACUUUGGCUCAAGACUCAGAUAAAAGGACUAGUGCCCCAGCUUGCCCCCCUGCUACAAUAAAGGGUGAGGAUGGGGCAAAGGCUCAGCUGCCUGGACUGGAUGAGACGAAGGUUGAGGCGAAGGGUCUAGGUGCAGUUGUGGCCUCUGGUAAAGACAUUAGUGAUGAGCCUGCACAGGCCCCCCUGACCAACCUGGUGUUGGGUCCAUCUAAAGAGCAGACCCACUCUAAGAGCCUGGACAGAGGUAGCUGUGGGUUGUUUGAUCUGAAAGCUGCUGUUACUUAUCACACUAAAGAAAUGGAAUAUGUUUUCAAUUUGCAAAAACAAGAUCCAAAAAGAGUAGUCUUCUAUGACAAGACCAAGGAUGGACCUGAUCAGUGAGGUAGUGAAUGUCUGUCAACACUAACCUCCUCCCUACCUGGGUGCUGCAGUUAUCUUUUUUGGCGGUUAUAAUCCCCUUGGAAAAACAAAAUCGAGACAACUGUGAUAUUGGGACUGACGGAUGAGUGUCCUGUGACAGACUUUCAUUGAAAAUAUAGAAUGGCAUAAUGGGGACACAUUUUUUUGCCGGGGGGUGGGGGGCAUCACCGCAGAGGAGAGGAAGACGAGGGGAAGGGUAAUGUGAGGACAUAUAAAUCCAAGUAUUGGAAUUCAUUUGAGCACAGAAGCUUCUGCUGACGCUCUGGACUACACAAAGACGCAAACACUUGAAAGAGAUGCUGGGUGCCUCAGACUCCCAUGUGAACGGACACUUGUGACACUUUCUGCUGUGUUAGACAUUGGUCUCAUAGCGCCUUCCUCUGGGUGUUGAGGAGAAAUAAGAUGAAGGCCCAAACUGCACCUCCCAAGCCUUUAUCCUGUUGCCCAUUGAACUAUAUGGCGAGUAUCGGUCUUACAGUAAAAUGCCUCAAUCACUUUAUGUCCUCAUGCAUUCAAAUUAUUCCAAUAUAUGUAGAUCUGUGCUAUGAUUUAUACAUACACAUCAGUAUAUGUGCAAAUUUGAAUUCAUUUUGAAAUAAAAUGAACUAUAAGCUCAGAUAAGAAUGCCUUGAAACUGAAAGAUUACGAGAAGACUGUUAGGCUGCAGGUUAAAUGAUAAAUACAUUUGAGGGAAAGCAUUUGUCUUAAUUACUUUAGUGAAAUAACUAUGCCCAGCAAAGAACUGACUGCUGGUUAUCUCUUGACACCUAUUUUGUUUUGUAUGGUUUAGCGAUUUCAGAUGUGAUCUACAGUAGGAACAAACUCCCAGAGCACAGAUGGGUUCAUUCUAAUCUUGUGGUUCGGUUCUCACUUUUUGGUAGGCAUGCUAAUCAGUUGAAAAAACAGUUUUAUUAUAUAAUUGUCUUCAUCUGAGUUUUGCUUUUAUGUUUAUUAUUUUGACUCUUCUUAAGCCCUUGCAGUUGUCGGUCCACAUAUUUAAUUAAUUUCAAAUUAAGAUGGAUGUAGGCUGUUCCUUAAUUUGUAGCUUCUCUUGAGCUAUUCACCUGAUUGUGGGAGUUUUAUGAAAGAUGAGAAGUGACUUAUUGUGGCACAAGGGCUAUGUAUGUGAUGUUUUUUUUGUUUUGUUUUUGUUUUGGUGUAUUUGAUCCGUAAGAGGCUCAAGAUGUCAGUAAUUCAUUAGACCCACCUAGGCUAUAUUUGCUGAUACUACAUGGAGAAAUGGCUCAUUUCCUUAUUUUCUUGCUCAAGCAAUUUGCUUUUCAUUUGCUAGCCAACUUAUUCAGCCUAAGAUACUUUGUGCUUUUUCAGCUUUUGGUCUUUUAAUCUCUCUCUAGUUAUGACAAUGUCAUUCUUGCACAGAGUAUUGGUGUGGUUUAAUAUAACCAAGAAAAGAUGACAGAACCAUCGCAAUACUAAUUAUUUCAUGUCGCAGACCAGCCACUUUGUUAUACUGUUUGUAGAGAUGUGGUGAUAAUUUCAUAAUACAGUUUCAUCCAGUCAGUGUCUUUGAUCAAAGUGGUUGUGUCAAGAGGCCUAUACAUGGCAAGGCAGGCCACAUUUGGUAAUACAAUGAGUGGACAGCCACAAUGUCAUUGGAACUACCAUCUCUCUUUUUUUGGGGCUAAGGGAGGAAGUGUCUUAGCUUAUUUUCUCUAGCAUAAGUGAUUUGGUUGUGUGGAUUAAUAGCACUUUAUGUAACACUUUUAAAAAAUAUAUAUUUUAAUUACUACAGAUACACAUACUAUAUGAAAUACUAACUUCUUUUAAGAAUGGCUUUGACUGUUGUUCUUUUUAAGACAAAUAAAUGAAUAAAUACCGAAAUACAAAAUGUCACUCAGGUAGUAUUGGUAAAGCCAUGACAAAGUUGGAUAAUAUUGUGUUCUGCCAAAUGGUUCAGAACAAGAUCCUCGUAUUGUGCUCAAAUAUGAAUUGGAGUGAUAUUUAAUAAUGAACUACAGAGCUGUGAUUUAAAAUACCAAAACAUUUUGCUUGCAGAAAACACUGACAUGGCUUGCAAUCAGCUGUCAUAGAUAUGUAGGCUUCGAACCUUUUAAGUUUUCUGUUCAGGCAAUUUCACUUUAAGCACACUGAUUUCCACCGGUUUCCACCUGUAAUAGGACAGUGUGAUCUUACUGUCCCUGAUUUUUUUUUUAAUAUAUUUUUUUUACCUCUUCAUUCAUGGGCUGAAGCAUUUCUGAGUGUACCUACUGCUGAAUCCCAGUCCAGGUUAUAUGCAAAGGCAGGAAUCUAUGCCUGAGAUUCCUAGUCCAGCCCUCUCUUGGGGUUCCUGGUAACCUCUUGGCUUAUUCUUGCAGACAAAGGGAACUACAAGAUGGUCAAACACACCCCUGUUGUGUACAAAACUGUCUCUCACACACUAAGUUACUUCACUGUGGAAUUAAGAGCAAAGGAUAGACCUCUGGGACGUGGUAUUUAAAACCUUUUGUUUUGCUUCCAUUCUAUGCCGUGUGUUGACGUAUUAACAGAUUAGAUCAGCUUCAAUCAAGAGCACAAUAAUAUCUUAUUUUGCUAAUGCUGCACAACAGCGAAAAUAUAACUUAUUUUGACUUGAUUGUCAGCGUAAAUUAUUUUUGUGCAAUGGACAACCCAGUUUGCAAUGGUGGACAAUAGCGGCAAAAAGUGUUUUGGAUUUUUGUGCUUUAAUUGUUUAUGCACAGUUGAUGUAACUUUACUGGGUUCCCUAAAUAUUGGAAUAUGAAACACCAGAUCAUACCAUGAGGUAAAAAAAAGCCAAAACAAGCUGUCUUUUUCAUAACUCUAACCCUUUUUUUACAUUUGAUCCUGAGUGGAAGAACAAGAAGCCCGAUGCUUCUUUGUAAAACGGGGGGGAAAGUCUCAUGCGUGGGUGUGUAGAAGUGUGCUAACAGGCCAAAGUACUUCAUCUGUUCAUUGUUUUUGAUUCCGACAUGGCCCCUUAUGUUGAAUUUGAUUCUUAAAGCCCCUGUGCAGUCAAAUGUAAUUUCCCGUGUUUUAUAUAUUUCCACACUGAGGUUGUGAUAAUAUUGUGAAAAUGAUGAUAAUGACCAGAAAUUUCAGCCUGUGUUGGUGGGAUGGAUUUUUGGCCUGCCUGGUGACAUCACUACGCGGUAAAUUAGUUAAUAGACCAAUAAGAAAGAGUUCCAAACCUCUCUGCCAGUAACAGCUAGGCAAGUUUUCAGUUUUCCCACUCAGGCCACUCCCAGACAGUCCUAGCAAUUAUUUUGUUGAGAAAUUGUUCUUUGCUAAGCUUUUUUCCCCAAUUAAAUCAGUCAAAAAUAAUCACACUAAGGUACCUAUUGUUCCCAGAAAUGAUUUGAUAUUUAGGUAACAGCUGCAUUGGACCUUUUUUAGAGGGAUCAGUGAUCUCCAGGGAAAUAUUGCAAAAGUCUUCAAGCACUUAAGCAAAAUGGGUGUUUUUAUUUUUCUUGUACAUGCAUUUCAGAAAAACAUAUAGCUAUAUUACUUAACGAUAGUGUUGUAGCCUGUAAACCAAAAACCGGUUCUUAAUGGAGAUUGUUUAAUGAGCACUCUGCUGGGCAAGUGAGCGAGUUGGUGUGAUGAAAGAAAAGCAUGAAAGUGAUGAUUCUCUGUAUUUUCAACCCCCUUAGGAGGUGCAAGCACCUCAAGGAUACUCACACAGGCCUCUGAGUUCUGAAUGAUUGGUUAGGCCACUUUGCCUAGCUGUUUGGUGUGUGUGUGUGAAAGUGAGUUCUUCCAAUUAUAUGCAAGUGUCCCAUUUUUCUUUUCAAGACCUCAUGUUCAGGUGCCAGUGUGAAAAGUAUGCUUUUACAGUAAUUUUAAGAAUAUUUUUGUGUGUUUUGAAAAUUGUUACUAAAAGUGAUGUGCCAUUUUCUUUGUCCAAUAUUUCUUUCUACAACAUUUUGCAAUGCUGUUGAACAUUUCUUACAGCUUCCUUUCACUGACAUGGAAGAAGCUGAAAGCAAUGUGCGUUUUAGCUGUUUUGAAUGAAUUUCACAGCUCUCAAUCAUAUGACCUGCAAAUAAUUGUUCAGUGGGCUUGCGUUUGAAUAAACUGCUUGCUGGUAUAUUCUAGUCAGUCCGAUAUGGUCUGAAGUAGAGCAACGUUGACUUUUACUUUUCAAUUGAUCUAACACGUGUUUAAGCUGUUUUUCAUUUUAGAAUUUUCACUUUUUAUUUGUAGUUGCACAACCCGAGCGAAACGACUUUGCUUCAAAGGAAAAUGGGGAGAAUUAGGCUAAGGUGUCUCAUUUGAUCAUAACACAUACCUACUUUUUUUAGACCAUUUACGUUACUAUACAUUGAAGCUGAAUUCUCAAUUUUAUAUAAAGCCCCAAUGUUCGGAUCCUUGUGGCUGAAAACAAUGUUAAGCCUACUCCUUGCUUAGUUUUGCUAUUUUUCAGAGUACACAUGAUUUAUGUUCAAUGCAUUUCCUCAAAUAGUAAUGGUGGCGAUGUGAGCACUGAACACCAAGUGUUCCUGAUAAGAAUUUCUCCCUGAUGUUCUUCACGUGUUAAAGGGGAGUGACGUAAAGGAGAUAGAUGUACUGUUUUGAUAACCAUCUUAUUUCAAGUUUGCCAAAGGUACAGUACACAACUCAAAUAUUCAGCUACUGUAUGGUCCAUGCACUUAGAUUGGAAAGACUGAUGGUUUAAGCCUAAGCCACCUGUUGUCUGAGCCAGUCAGGUUUGGGUGGGACCACAGCAGCUGAAUGCCAUUGUGGGAGUCUGUCUUCUCUCCCCCCCCCCCCCCCCAAACCCA